AGAGGGUCAGGUCGACCGUACUGUUUCAGCAAGACGCACUGUACGGUGAACUCGGUCCUUUUUUUUUUCUCUAAAAAAAUACCCCUUGGCGGUUUGUGGAAGCCGAAAAAUCCGACGAGGAACGCAUUAGGGACGCAGAUCUUCAGGUCGUGGGAAGCCCGCGAAGGCUGACGUCAUGGCGGACGAGGACUGCCGGCGCGAACCGCCGAGUGAACGACGCGUCGAGACGGACGCCGACUCGGACACCAACAUCGACGCCUCGCCGGCCGGCGACGCGGCGCCGGAGACCGACUCGCAGGGUUCCGAAAAGCCCGUGGCGGCCGAGAAGGAGCCCGUGGUCGUCGUCAAAGUGCCGUACAACGAGCACAGUGACGUCAGCGCGAGAACAGAAGAGCAAAUUGAGGAAUUCCAGACCAAGCACAAGAUCAAGAUAGAGGGCGAGGGUGUUGCCAAGCCGAUUUUCAAGCUUGAAGAAGCUGGUCUUCCAGAUGAGUUCAUAAGCAAAAUCAAGGAUGUUCUCGGAAGCUCAUUACCUGCGCUGGCCUCAUACGGCCUGCCAGCUCUGCUUGGUGGACGAGACUUCAUUGGACUUGGCGAUGCCUCCAUGUCCGAGAAGGUCAUUUCUUUUCUUCCAUCAGUCGUGAUGCAUUGCCAGCGAAACAUGAAGAGCGAGUCGAAAGGCCCUGUCGCACUUCUGCUGGCAUCCAGCUGCCGGCAGGUACGCGACAUCUACAAGUACUUCCGGGACACUGGCCGGUCGCUGGACCUGGAGAGUCUCGAAAUCUCGGAGGAGACCUCCAAUGACCGCGAGGACUUCCAGUCAGAGUUCCACGUGGCCAUCUCCACGGUGACCACCAUGCAGAAAGUGCACACGUCGGGGCACUUUGACUUUGGCACCAUCUCUGUCGCCAUCCUGUAUGGCAUUGACGAGCUUGUUGACAGCAACCAUGUGGAUGCGAUCAACACGAUCCUGAAAGAUGUUCACCCAGAGCGCCAGCUGGUGGCCUUCAGCAGAAGCUGGCUGCCCGACAUCCGGAAUGCUGUCUUCGCGCUGGCCAAGAACCCCGUCAUCGUGCAGAUCGGCGAGGUCGAGACGACGGCGCUGCCAAGUGACGUCACCAUCGACGUCCGCAUCAUGGACGACGAGAGUGCCAAGAAGAAAGACCUGCAGAGCUUACUUGAAGAAACUCUGAGGAAAGAGGACGCUGGAAAGACUGUCAUCGUGGUGAAGACUAAGCGGAAAGCCAAAAAUACCAAGAAGGCGGUCGACAGCAAAGAUUUCCCAGCAGAUGCCCUGAUUGCUGGACGUGGAAGGUCAAAGGCAUCGGACAGGGAUGCUAUAGUGAAAGAUUUCAAGUCCGGCAAGGUCAAGAUGCUCAUUGUGACAGCGGCAACGCUUAAGGAUAUCGGCAAGGAGGAGGUGAAGAACCUGGUCGUUUUCGACUUCCCGGCAUCGCCGCGCGAGUUCUCCCAGCUGCUGCGGCAGACGGCACCAACCCUGAAGGUGACCAAGGUGUACACCUACCUGACCAGCGCCCAGGGUCGCCACGCCCCGGGUCUCGCCGACCUGCUGAGGAGUGCAGAGCUGGAGCCAAACGAGAAGCUUGUCUCGCUGGAGGAGUGGGCAAAGUCUGCCGCCGAAGGAAAAGGUCCCCCGUUGCCGACGGGCAAAGAGGGCGGCGGCGACGACGAGGACAAGGACGAAGACGAGUCGGACAGCUCGUCGGACGACGACCGGCGGCACGGCCGCGGUGGCAGCAGCCACCGGGACCGCGACCGGGACCGCGGCGGCGACCGCGGGGGCGACCGCGAUCGGGAACGCAAGCGGUCCUACUCGCGCAGCCGCUCGCGUAGCCGCUCGUCGGACGAAGACUACCGGAGCUCCUCGAAGCGCAGCCGGCGCAGCGGCGGCGGGAGCCGCUGGGGCGACGACGAUCGCGACCGGGGCGACCGAGGCCACCGGCGCGGCGGCCGCGGAGGGGGCGGCUUCAGGGGUCGCGGCGGAGGAGGGUUCCGGGACGACUACGGCGGAGGCCGAGGGGGCGGGCGCGGUUUCGGCCGCGGGGGCCGCGGAGGCUUCGGCGACCGCGGAGGGGGCAGGGGAGGCUACGGCGACCGCGGGGGUGGGCGUGGCGGCUACGGCGACCGUGGAGGAGGCCGGGGCGGCGGCGGCUACGGUGACCGCGGUGGAGGUCGCGGUGGCUACGGAGACAGGGGCGGCCGGAGUGGUUAUGGGGACAGAGAUAGAGACAGGGGUGGUGACGACUACGAGGGAGGAGGCGGCCGUGGCGGCGGCCGGGGUGGCCGUGGUGGUUACGGAUACGGUGACCGGGGAGGCGGACGAGGCAGUUACGGGGACCGAGGAGGCAGGGGAGGCUACAGGGACAGGGGCAGCGACGACGAGCAAGGAGGAGGUGGCGGUGGUGGUUCGCGGGGCUACGGCGGAGGAGGCGGCGGCUACGGCGAGCGUAGCAACGGCGGCGGUGGUGGGCGCUGGGAUGACCGUGAAAGCGAAGGUGGUGGCGGCAGGGGAGGCGGCCGCGACGGAGGAUACGGCGGCAGGGGCGGCGGCCGCGACAGCGGAUACGGCGGAAGGGGCGGCGGCCGCGACAGCGGAUAUGGCGGCAGGAGCAGCGGCUUCGACGACCAGCGCGGUGGGGACGGCUACGAACAGCAGGGGGGCGGCGGUGGCGGAAGAGGGGGCGGCGGCUACGGUGGGUCAGGGGGUUACGGCCAGUCUGGAGGCGCCGGCCAAAGCCAAGGAGGCGGCGGCGGUGGCGGCUACGGAGACUGGAACGCCCAGCAGCAGUCACAAGGCGGAGCCGCCUCGUCGCCCACAGGUUUGCAGCAGACCCUUCAGCAGAUGGCUGCUGGCUCGCAAAACACGGGGUACUUUACCAGACAACCGCGUACAGGUGAUGGCGGUGCUGGGCCAAAGUCUCAAGGUGGUGGCGGCAGCGGCGGUACGUCGCGGUUUGGACCUGGCGGCGGCGGGUCCGGAAGCCUGCAGCAGCAGCAGUCGGGUCCUCAGGGAGCCACUGCAGGCGCCUACGGCGCAUACAUGCAGAAUGCAUACGGUCAGCAGCGGCAAGACUCUCAGCAGCAGCAGCAGCAACAACAGCAGAAAGGUGGUGGCGGUGGCGGUUACCCAGCAGCCUUUGCACAGCAGCAGGCGCAGUACAUGGCCCAGCAAGGUGGCUACUCUACGGCCGCUGGCCAGCAGCAACAGGCCGGCUAUGGAGGAAGUGCCAGCAGCCAAGCCUACAGCACCACUUACCCGACCACCGCCUAUCAGACGGCCGCCGCACAGCAGAAGCAAGGAGCAGCAGCUGGGCCAGGCGGUGGCGGUGCAGCCGCCUACCAGACGGCGCAGCAGCAGCAGUCACAGUACAACAGCUACAGCACCCAGUUUGCAGGCAACGCAGCUGCCGGAGGCCAGUUCUACCGUUCAGGGAACCAGUAGAGAGGGAAAUGAGAGAGCUCUACAACAACCACCACCACCAACCACCACAGCCAUCGUUACCAUCACGAGCCCUCACUACACACAUUAUUCAU